ACGGCGUCGUUUUCCCAUUUCCUCUUCCAUUCCACUGCAACCCCUAAAAAAUCCUCCUCGAUCCCCUCUUCUCCAAUUUACAACAAGUCCCCAGCUUCCCAUUCCCUCUUCAAUGGCCUCUGAAGAAAUGGGCCUUUUCUCGGCCCAACGUCUCGACAACGGGCUCAGCCCACACCCCCAGCUGGUGUUCCCGGAGAGCUUCAGCUGCGCCCCGCCGCCGCCGCAGCCUCAUCCUCGCCGCAGUUCCGCCGCUGUUGCCGGCCCUGGUCCUAAAACAACCCGCGAGCUCACCGGCUUUCUCAACAACCACCACUACUUCCGCCCCGUCCCGCAGGCCGCCGCCGAUUUCCGCGGCCCCAUGUUCGCCCACCGAUGGAAUGACCGAGAUUCGAGCACUCCCAGCGGCGACGGAUCGGAUGAAGACGGAGAAGACGACGACGAAGAUGAACACGGAGCCGAAUGCCGUGUAGAUGUUGACAAUCACGACAGUAUUAGUAAAGUUAACAAUAACUGUAGCACUGACGACAGUGGAAAUCAAAAAGCAAAUGAUGUGCCCAAUUUCGGCUCUAAAGAAGGGAAUUUGAGUGGAAGCAGUGUGGACGAAGCCAGAAACGCAUUGGCAAUUGCAGAGACCAAUGGGGCAAUGUAUUACAUGCAGGGAUCAGGGUCGAAUUCGUGCCAAAAGGAUAUUAUGGUGGGUGAUAAAGGGUGUGGGUAUAGUGGGAGAAGAGAGAGUUCAUCAUAUUCAAGUGAUAUAGGGGAGUCCUUGAGAGCUAUCCUUUCUGAUCCCAUAUCAGGUGCACUUAUGGAUGAUGCAGUGAUAUUGCCUUGUGGGCAUUCCUUUGGUUCUGGAGGAGCUCAGCAUGUAGUUAGAAUGAAAGCUUGCUAUAAUUGUGCACAACCAGUCUCUGAAGAAUCAAUAGCCCCAAAUCUAUCUCUCCGGGCUGCUGUCCAGGCAUUCCGUAGAGAAGAAGACUUCCAAGUUAACCGCCAAUCAAGAAGUCGAAAGGAAAAACAUGACCAGGAUAAGGGUACAUCCGGUGACUCAAUGCUCACCGACCAUCCAAGAGGAAGAGGAGUCCACUUUCCAUUUGCGGUGACAGACAGAGUCAUCAUAAAGGGUAACAAACGCACACCUCUGCGUUUUGUUGGACGAGAAGCUGUAGUUACCACUCAAUGCUUGAAUGGAUGGUACGUGGUGAAGACACUGGACAAUGCAGAAAGUGUAAAAUUACAGUAUCGUUCCCUCGCGAAGGCAGCUCCAGACAAUUAUUCAUCACCACAGCCCAUCUCUUGCAGUAAGCCAUCAUCAAGCUGGCUAUAGUGUUCAGUUUGCAAGAUCUCCACUAACUCGGCCGCCUGUAAUUACUUUGAGUGAGAACAUAUAUAUAUGUAUGUAUAUGUAUAUAUAGGGGGCGGUUCAGGUGAGAAUGCACCUUGGUGAAAGAAAUAAGAAUAAAAUCUAGCCUUUGGAUCUGAUGCAUCUUGCGGCUCAGAUUGCAUCCUGCACUCAGAUUUUUAGAUAAUGCAUUUUUAAAGGAUUUUGGUGCAUUUCGACAUUAUGCAUUUUCAAAUCAUUUUGGUGCACCUAAUUUUGAUGCAAUCCUGACCCUUAGAUCUCACAUUCUAAGGCACCAGAUUCAUUCUUAUUUCUUUCAUAAGAUUGCAUUCUCACCUAAACCAAAAUCUGUAUAUAUAUACACACACGUAUAUAUGCUUUCCUCUCUUACUGUAAUCUAUCUUUUGUAAUUUUUUUUGUUUUUGAGAUGACAUAAAGUUAUAGAGGUUUGAGAUGUAUAUAUUAUAUCAGAGUUGAUAUAAUAACAAUGACAUGUACAAAUUGUUUCCACCACCUCCAUUUACAGUGUCCCAAGUAGACAGAGGCAAAGAGCGGUUGGAUUAAAAAUUUGGACAGAGU